UCAAACACCAAAAUGAACGUAGAUAAGGGUAGCAUCGAGAUAACGAUACCGCUGAUGCAAGGCGGUACUAAUCUACACUUCCAAAACAUAACUUAUCAGGUCCGCCAAGGCAAAGAGGACAAGCAGCUGCUCAAGAACAUUUCGGGCACGUUCCGAACCGGAAGAUUAACCGCCAUCUUGGGACCUUCGGGUGCCGGCAAAUCGACCUUGUUGAACGUACUCAGUGGUUUCAAAACGCAGGGCGUUAGCGGGAAUAUAAUUGUCAACAAUGAAAUCAUCGAUCGGCAGAGAUAUAGGCAGCUGGUUGCGUACACCGCACAGGAUGUUACCCUUUUACCUAAUAUAACACUGCGGGAAAAUUUGCACUAUGCGGCCGAUUUGAAGCUUUCGCGUGAAGUUUCAAAAGCGCACAAGAUCAAGAUCGUGAAUGAUGUGAUUGCGCUGCUGGGGCUGCAGAAGUGCGCCCACAAUCAAUCGCAACUGUUGUCUGGCGGUGAAAAAAAGCGGCUCUCCAUUGGGCUGGAGCUGGUUUCGAACCCGAAGAUCAUGUUCUUCGAUGAACCCACCAGCGGCCUUGAUAGUGUUGCAUCGUAUCAGGUGAUCUCGUACAUGAAGGAUCUCGCACGGCAGGGCCGGUGUGUGAUUAGUGUGAUCCAUCAACCAAGCUCGGAGCUGUUGGAGCUGUUCGACGAUAUCUAUGUGGUGGUGGACGGGAGGUGUAUGUAUCAGGGAUCGUUGGAUGACUUGAUAUCGACGUUUGCGGAGGCCGGAUUUACUUGUCCGCCGUACUACAAUCGAGCUGAUUUUGUACUGAAAAUAGCUUCCCAGUACGAUUCAAAAUCGGGCGAGGUGGAAAAGCUGAUGGUAAAAUCAGAAAAGUCCGUCAACGCAGCAAUGAAUCUAGGCAUACAGGAGGAGUAUGACUCUACCGAGUUUCUAGUGGAAGGACGUGGUCCUCAAUAUCCGAUUAGCUGGUGGGAUCAGUUCACCACCCUUACCCGACGCACCACAUUAGGAACGGUACGAAACCCGUUGCUGAUGGGAUUACGAUUUUUCGGGCACAUUUUGUUCGGACUAACGAUAGGAUUCGUGUUUUACAACAUUGGAAACGAUGCUUCGAAGGUGCUAUCGAAUGUUUCCCUUCUGAUCGCCUUCCUGAUGUUCAUCACGUUCGCUAAUGCCAUGACGGUUAUUUUGACAUUCCCACUAGAGAUGGCUGUCUUUGUGCGGGAACACAAAAGCAACUACUAUUCCAUCUCAGCGUACUACUUCUCCAAGCUGGUAGCAGACUUCCCCUGGAUGCUGUCUGGAGUGACAGCUUUCCAGCUGAUCAUGUACUACCUAAGCGGUCAACUGAACGAAACAGAUCGGACCAUAAUGUUUUGGGGUAUCUGUGCCCUGUUUGGAUGGCUUUCGCAAGUGUACGGACUCAUCGCUGGCUGUCUGUUCCCGAUCGAGAUCAGUCCAUUCAUUGUACCUGCCUCAAUCAUUCCUGCUCUUCUAUUCUCCGGGUUCUUUAUACGAUAUAACGAGCUGCUAGAUUUCUUUAAGCCUCUCACUCUAGUUAGCUAUUUCCGGUACGGAUUCGAAGGACUAGUUCAAGCAACGUACGGCCACAAUCGAACAGAGCUUGGUUGUGAGGAGAUCUUCUGCUACUAUCGCAAAACGAGCAAAAUUCUCGAAGCACUUCACAUGGAACCGAACCGCUACUGGACGGAUGUACUCGGGCUAGGCAUCUGGAUUCUGUUCCUGCACAUCGUUCUGUAUCUAAGCUUGCGGCUACGGCUACGAUGGAACCGUUGACGGUCUGAUGAGCCUUAUUUGCAAAGUAAAUCCCACGA